AUGGCUCAGUACAUUGGGAAAACUAUAUCGCUGAUUUCUGUUACUGAAAAUCGAUAUGUUGGUCUCUUGGAGGGUAUCGACUCCGAAAAAGGUGUGGUAACGUUGAAUAAAGUACGCUGUUUCGGAACUGAGGGUCGUAAACAAUGGGGGCCUCAAGAGAUCUAUCCAAAUCCCACAGUCUAUGAUACAGUCACCUUCAAUGGUAAUGACGUGAAAGAUUUGAACAUUUUGGACAUCGGACUUGAAGAUGUUCAGCCAGUGCUGCCACCGCCUCAAGUUGUAGCGGAACAGCAACAAAAGCAACAGGAACAACAGCAGCAGCAGCAGCAGCAGCAGCAACAGCAGCAGCAUCAACCUCAGCUAGCUCAACAACCUCCGCAACAAGCGCCGAAGGCUCAAGUUCCUGCCGCAAUGGCAGGAUAUGGAGUUUACGCACCAUCUGCUACAUCUACUGAGAAUUCAGGUCAUCCUUCUCAAAAAUUGUCACAUCCACAGCAAGAGAAGGAACAACAGACCACUAGAUCGAAAAAUAAAGAUACUACUAGAGACUCCAAGCCUCCUGUCAAGUUCCAGCCCAAGCAGGAAACACGCACGGUAGAUAUUCCAAAUGAAGAUUUCGAUUUCCAGUCAAAUAACUUCAAGUUGGAGAAGGAUCAGGAUUCAACACAACAGCAAGCCGCUCCACAAGACGCUUCAAAAAACGAUGAAAGUUUUUAUAAUCGCCAGUCCUCCUUCUUCGACACCAUAUCAACGUCGACUGAGACGAACACUAAUAUGAGAUGGCAAGAAGAACGUGAACUUAACUUGGACACAUUUGGCCAAGCUAGUGUUGGUAACAGACGUGGCCGGGGAGGUUUCCGUGGAGGUCGCGGUACUUAUCGUGGCCGUGGAGGAAAUCGUGGAGGAAAUCGUGGUGGGUUCAGAAGAAACGAAAACUUCGACCGCGACAAUUCAAGUAGAGAAAAAGUUGAAUUUUAA